AUGAUGUCGUACCUGAAAGUAAUGAUCAUAUGGAACAUACUUUGCGUAUCCAUGGUGAUCCUUUCACUGUCCUUGAUUCAAGAAGUGUCUUCUGAAGCACUCUCCUGCAAAGGACGUUGCUUUGAAGCCUUUGAAAGAGGAAGAGAGUGUGACUGUGACGCAGACUGUGAAAGAUAUGGCAAAUGUUGCCCAGACUACACAGAACACUGUAAAGAGGCACAUGCAGAAAAGGCAUCACCAAAAACUCCUCCAGCAAACAAAUCAGCAUCUAAAAGGUCAUCCAAAAAUGAGGAAAAGAAGCCAGAGGAAGUAACACAGCCCCAUGAAGUUAUGGAAGAUAAUAGCAGUGAACUGGAAAAUAAAGCGAACAGUCCUGCUCCAACUACAAAACACCCUGAUACAACCACAACAAUCAAAGCAACUACAUCAGGCCCAAAACCCACUUUACCACCUACAACAAGUACAACCAUAAAAGAAACAACUACCAAAGAGACCACAAUGGGUCAGAAAGAUACCCCUGCGACAACAGCAGCACCAACGACCAACGCAGACUCUCCCACCACCCAGAAGCCUGAAGACACAACCCCUGAAGCCACAGAGGCACCAACGACCAAGGCAGACUCUCCCACCACCCCCAAGCCUGAAGAGACAACCCCAGAGGCACCAACAACCAAGGCAGACUCUCCCACCACCCCCAAACCUGAAGACACAACCCCAGAGGCACCAACAACCAAGGCUGACUCCCCCACCACCCCCAAACCUGAAGACACAACCCGUGAAGCCACAGAGGCACCAACAACCAAGGCAGACUCUCCCACCACCUCCAAACCUGAAGACACAACUCCAGAGGCUCCAACCACCAAGGUAGACUCUCCCACUACCCCUAAACUGGAGAAGGCAGAGGCAGACUCUCCCAACACCCCUGAGGUUAAGGGGACUACCCCUGCAGCUACUGAGGCUGACACCACUGCCAUACAGAAAACAACACCUCUUGAAAUGACAACUACUGUCCCUGGAUUAGUAACAACUGCUAAAAAAGACACAACCACUCAAAGCCGUGAGGUGGUCUCAACUAGGAAGGAAACACCCAUACCUGAAGCAGACACGACAGUUUCAGAAACAACAGCAGAGAAGAAAAUUACAACUCCCGCACCUAAAUUAGCAACCAGCACAACUGCAAAAGACACGACUACAGCAGUAGAAAGGAUAGUGGUGACUGCAGCUAGGACUACUGAGAUUGUAAGAAUACCGGACAAAAAAGACAAAACAACAGCUAAAACUGUUACUACUCCUAUAACCAAAGAGACAACAACUAAAAUAGAAACAACCACUGUGAACAAAGACAUAACUACACCCAAGAAAGACAAAACUACUGUGCUUAAAGACAUUUUAACAACAAAAAGUAGGAAAUACACAACUACUGUAACUACGGUUAUAACAGCUAAACCAGAUGACUCUCCUAAAGUUAAGGAUGAUAUUCCCAAUACAACACCUACAGCCAAGGAAGCUGUCACUACAGCAGCUGAAUCAGAAGCAACUACUGCAGACAAAAAGACUACAACAACAGCUGCAGAAAAAGAAGCAAGCCCAGCUAAACAAGACAAGACUCCCAUACCAAAAGAGACUUUAACAGCUAAAAAAGAAGAAAACCCUGUGGGAACAGCAACUGUAACGACAGCAGCCGCAGCAGCUACAACUCCAUUGCCCAAGCCUACCGUGUUGGCAACAACUGCCAAAACAGAUUCAACUCCUAAACCCAGGGAGAUUGUAACAACAAAUAAAAGAGACACAAUUAUGGAAACUAAGCAGACUGUAACAGCAGCAGCUAAAGAGAGCACAAGUAGUAUUUGUGUUGUAGAGACAACAACGGCUGGUAAAGACGUAACAACGAUCAAAAAAACUAGCAUCACACCUGAAAAAGAAAUGGGAGAUGACACUGAAAAGGCCCCUACUAUUGACAAAGGAGAGGAAACUACAGUUACCAAACAGAACACUACAAGAGAUAAAAAAGACACCAUAGAAGAAAUGUUUAUUGUUUCUAAAGGGACAUCCAAGCCAACUAUACAUUUCCAGGAGGUUACUGACACGAGAGACGAGCCUCAUCCAGCCGACCCUGAAACUCUGCCAAUAAAAGAGGAGCCCGACACAAACAACAAGCCUUUAAUACAAACUGCAGACUUGCCAAUUUUAACUGGAGAAACACAAGGUAAUUGCAUUCCAGUAGGUACAAAAGCACCAAUAACUCCACCAGAGAGCACAACAAAACACGUGAGUAAAGCACAUGCAAGACCUUUCUAUCUGGUGCCACAAGAACAUGGCACUCCUGUCCCAAUGGUCAACCAUAACCACGGUGCUACAGCUGCCAGCAUCCUGAAUACUGAGAAAGACCUGUGCAGCGGGAAGCCGGCAGAUGGCAUGGUGGCCCUGCCGAACGGCACCCUGGCCGUCUUCCGAGGUCACUACUACUGGCUGCUGAACGGCAGGAGCCGGCCGACCACCAGCCCCCGCCGAAUCAGCGACGGCUGGGGCAUCCCGUCCCCCAUCGACGCCGUCUUCUCCAGGUGCAACUGCGAUGGCAAGACCUUCUUCAUCAAGGGUCCCCAAUACUGGCGUUUCACUAACGGUGUUAUGGAUAAAGGCUAUCCCAAACCUCUUGCAAACGGAUUUGCAGGCCUACGUGGGAAAAUAGUAGCAACCCUCCCCGUGGCAAGAUACAACAACAGACCAGAAUCUGUUUAUUUUAUCAAAAAAGAUGGCAAUAUGCAACAGUAUGUCUACAAACAAGAACCAGCCAAGAAGUGUCAAAGAAGAAGCCAGGUUACCAUAAGAUACCCAGCUUAUGUCCCAAGGCUUGUAAUAAGGAGACGCUUUCAACGUGCAGUAAGAAUGCCAACCGUUAUUCAGACUGUCAGAAUCAACCCGUAUCCAUCUGGAGUUUUGCAUAAGGAAAUCAAAAUGACUGCCUACUGGAGAGGGCUCCCAAAAGUUAUUCAUUCAACUAUAUCACUACCCAACUACAAUAAGCCAGAUGGCUAUGAUUAUUAUGCCUUCUCUUACAAUCGGUACUACAGUUUGGAUGUUGGCAGAAGAAUAGCAAGACCUGUUACUGCUCUCACAGGAAAGACUGUAUCUAAAGACUGGUACAACUGUCCUAGCAAGUGAUGGAUAGUAGAGGAUUUU